UGAGGGGAGGUCCCCAUUCCCAGCCUUUAAAAAUUUAGAUGUUCGUUAUAAAAACACAAGUCCAAAGUGUACACUGGGUAAUCUAUGGACUGCACCAAUAAAGUAAAAGAUCAUAAACUUGUUUCAAGAUUGCCGAGUGUGUACACUGAAGCCCUCACUUAGACUUCUAAGAACGAAAGAGUAACAUCUCAGCUUCAGUGGGGCCGCCAUGAGACUUGUACUUCCUAACCCAGGACUGGAUCAGAGGAUCCUUUCCUAUGAAGACCUAGAAAGGAUGGAGAAGGAGGAGACUGGGGACAGACCCAAGUGGGACAACAAAGCCCAGUAUAUCCUAACUUGUGUGGGCUUCUGCAUUGGGAUUGGCAAUGUGUGGCGAUUCCCUUACUUGUGUCAAAGUCACGGAGGAGGUGCCUUUUUGAUUCCUUACUUGAUCCUGCUGGUGCUGGAAGGAAUGCCUCUCCUGCUGCUGGAGUUUGCCAUCGGCCAGCGUCUCAGGAAAGGCAGUGUGGGAGUGUGGAGGGCCAUCCACCCUUAUUUGACUGGUGUUGGUGUAGCGUCCAUGCUCGUUUCCUUAUUGAUUGGACUGUACUACAACACCUUAAUAGCCUGGAUCAUGUGGUAUUUCUUCAAUUCCUUUCAAGACCCGCUGCCUUGGACUCAGUGUCCUCUCAAUGACAAUGGCACAGCUUUUGUGCCAGAGUGUCAGCGGAGCUCCACUGUGGAUUACUACUUUUACCGAGUGACUCUCAAUAGUUCAACCUCUAUAGCUGACUCUGGAGGAAUUCACUGGCCCAUAGUACUCUGCCUGUUAGCUGCCUGGACGGUCGUUGCUAUCUGCUACAUACGGGGGAUCAGUACUUCAGGCAAGGCAGUGUAUGUCACAGCCAUUCUGCCUUACAUAGUGCUGGCCAUCUUCCUGAUUCGAGGACUGACUCUUAAAGGCGCCCUGAGUGGAAUAAAGUUCCUCUUCACACCAGACGUGGAUGAACUGAUUAAACCAACUACUUGGCUGGAUGCAGGUGCCCAGGUCUUUUAUGCCUUUAGCUUAGCUUGGGGAGGCCUCAUCUCCUUCUCAAGCUACAACCCCGUUCACAACAAUUGUAUGCAAGAUGCUGUGAUCCUGUCAGCUGUAACUGGCUUUACCUCAAUCUAUGCUGCCACAGUCACCUACACCAUCAUUGGCUUCAGGGCCACAGAGAAAUAUGACAACUGUAUCAGCAAUAACAUCGUGACAUUGUUAAAUGCAUUUGACCUUCCUGAAGACAGCAUCACAAAAGACAACUACGACGCAGCCUUUAAUUAUUUUAACAGCUCCAAUCCCGAUAUUGUUUUUGGACUGGACAUCAAAACCUGUGACAUGCAGAAACUUCUCAGUGAGGGUGUGGAGGGAACAGGUCUGGCCUUCAUUGUGUUCACAGAAGCCAUCACCAAGAUGCCUGGUUCUCCAGUCUGGUCUGUCCUCUUCUUUGUGAUGCUUCUCUGUUUGGGACUCUCAACCCUGUUUGGUAACAUUGAGGGGGUGGUGGUCCCACUGAAAGACCUGAAUGUGUUACCCCAAAAAUGGCCCCAAGAAGCGCUAACUGGAGUAACUUGUAUUGUUGCUUUCAUCAUCUCCCUCCUGUUCGCACAGCAUUCGGGAAUUUAUUGGGUCACUCUCUUUGACAACUUUGCCGGAUCAAUUCCACUGCUGACUAUUGGAUUAUUUGAGAUGAUUGCUGUGGUUUACAUCUAUGGAAUAGACAGGUUCAAUGAGGACUUGGAGUUCAUGAUUGGACAAAAACCCUGCAUCUUCUGGCAGUUAUCAUGGAGGUUCAUCAGUCCUCUCAUCGUUCUGGUUAUUUUAGUGUUCUACUUGGUGACACAAGCCCAAGAGGAGCUGACCUAUUUAGUCUGGGAUCCUAACUCUAUAAAGUUCCCGUCUAUGACAUCAGUACCAUACCCUUCAUGGAUCAAUGCAGCCAUCUUUGUUUUGGCAGGAAUCCCCAGUCUGGCAGUGCCUCUGUAUGCGUUAUGUAGGCUGGUCUUUGUUUGCUGCAAGAAGAAAACAGCAUUUGGACAAAAAAUGAGCCCAAUGUCCAAAGGUGUUUAAAAGGCAUACAUUUCAGAAUGCAACAAAAUACAAGAUUAUUUAAUUUGUUGUGUUGCUUUAUGAAAAAAAAGAAAUCAUAUUAUUUAAAUUAUCACUGCAAACAGUUAUUUGUGUAUUUAUAUCCAUGCACAAGGCAGAAUAAGGCAGAAUAGUGGACUUUUUGAUGCACUUUAGUAAAUUCUCCAUAUUUCUGCUCAUGUUUUAUGCAAUUUCAUGGUUCUUCUGUAGUCUAUCUUUCUUUAUUAGAGACAAAGACAGAACAUAGUGUUUUUCAUCUACUGAUACUGUAUACCUGGAGGAAGUUGCAAUUAAAAUAUUUUUGUCGCACUACAUGAAUUGCUUUCAGUUUGGAAUUACUUAAAAAUUAAGGACACUAUCAUAGCUGGUUUUAAGAGGA